AUGGGGACGGCGAUGAUGUGCCAGCGAUGCCCGAAGAAAGAAGGCGUCCAGAAGCGGCGGCUGGGCCGCAACCCUCGCAUCCCCUUCUCCACGCACCAGAUCGCCCUCCUCGAGCACAAGUUUCGCCACAAGCAGUACCUGAGCAGCUAUGACGUCACAGAGCUGGCCUCGCUCCUCUGCCUCUCACAGACUCGGGUGAAGAUCUGGUUCCAGAACCGUCGCGCGCGGGAGCGCAGGGACCACGAGUCGCGCUGCCGCACCGAGCUGCCCUCCACACUGUCAGCGUUCCGGCCGGUGGUGGCGGCGGCCGCCUCUCCCGCGGAGCUGCCGCCUCCAGACGCUGACCGUCACGAGGGCUCAGCAGCGGCCGCGGAGAGGCUGCAGCCCUGAGACGG